AUGGUGGAUGACCCUCUAGAAAUGAGUCAAAUAGCAGUAGCACACUUCCAAUCCAUACUUGGUCCCCACUCUCUGCCACCAAUCGCUGUCUCUCUUAACUGGCUUCAAAGUAUUAUCCAAUACCGUUGUUCCUCUGAGCUGAAACAAACAAUGAUAAAGCUUCCCACGUCAGAAGAGAUUAAGAGAGUGAUGUUUAAAAUUAAUGGGAAUAAGGCUCCAGGCCCUGAUGGGUUCACCUCAAAUUUCUACAAGACUGCUUGGGAAAUUCUUGGUUCGGAUGUUACUGGUAGCAUUAUGCAUUCUUUCAUUCAGCUUUCCUCCCGGCGGCUGUUGAAGCCUGUUUUCCCUGACUUGAUUCAAAAGAACCAAACUGCAUUCAUUAAAGGAAGGUUGUUAGUUGAGAAUACACUGGUAUCUGCAGACUUGGUCAAUGGAUAUCAAAAAGAAAAAGGACCUAAGCGUAUCACUAUCAAAGUAGACAUUGCAAAAGCGUUUGAUACGGGAGAUCCACUCUCACCCUACCUCUUUGUCCUUGUCAUGAAUUGUUUAUCAGUCAUGUUAGAUAAAGCAGCUGAGGAGGGUAAAUUCAAAUAUCACUACAAAUGUCAGAGGUUAAAACUCACGCACCUGUGCUUUGCUGAUGACCUUUUAAUUUUUACUGAUGGAUCCCUUUCUUCUGUACUAAGUGUCCUCCAAGUACUAAAAUCAUUCGAAGAGGCCUCAGGACUUGCGAUCAGUCUCCCCAAAACAAGUUUCUUUGCAUCCGGACUGCAUCAGCCUGAAAUUGAUCAAAUCAAGGCAGCAUCAGGCAUUGCUCAUGGCCAACUCCCUAUACGCUAUUUGGGUAUUUCUCUAUGCACCAAAAAACUUACGCUGCUUGACUGUGCUCCUCUCAUUCAGCGUGUGAAAACAAAACUCAAUAGCUGGUCGACCAGAACUCUCUCUUUUGCAGGCCGGUUGCAAAUGCUAAAUACUGUCAUAGCUGGUAUCACAAAUUUCUGGUGCUCUGCAUUGGUGCUGCCAAAGAAAUGUAUCGACACUUUGAACUCUCUUUGUGGAAUGUUCUUAUGGAAGGGUUGCCUUGAGGGACACCAUUCAGCGCGAGUUGCUUGGAGCACGGUUGUCACUGCAAAAUCAGAAGGAGGGUUAGGCAUACGAGAUCUAAAAAAGUGGAACAAGGCUUGUCUAGUUAAACUUAUCUGGCUGCUUUUCUUUAGAUCUGGGUCGAUUUGGGUAGCUUGGUUCAAAGAAGCUGUCCUUGCUGGUAACUUGAGCAAUUUCUGGGUCAGGAAACCAAAUAGCCAGCACUCUUGGAUAGCGAAAAAACUUUUAAAGAUAAGAGAAGAAGCUUACCCUUGGAUAAUGGUGAAGCUAGGAAAUGGACGAAAGUGUCGCUUCUGGUCAGAUCGUUGGUGUAAGCUAGGGCGAAUGAGCGACUCCUUGAGUGGGGAUCUGUCUAUAGGUAUUCCCAAAAGUGCAGUCCUGGCGGAUCUAUGGAGAAGAGGGAACUGGAGAUUACCACCUGCAAGGUCGGAGGCCCAAGUUAGUUAUCAAGCUGAAUUAUCGGCUCUACAACUAACGGAGGAAGAAGACUCUCAUACCUGGUGGAUUAAUGAUCGAGUGAAGGACAGUCACUCAACCGGUAGGAUCUGUUCAGCGCUAGGUGAAGAGUUGCCUUCGGUGCCGUGGCAUAAGAUUGUUUGGACCUCCGGAGGAAUCCCCAAACACAAUUUUUUAACUUGGUUGGUUGUAUUGAACAGGUGCCCAACUCGUGACCGACUUUUGCAAUGGGGAUUGCAGGUUGACUCCCGCUGUUUACUCUGCGCGAUUGGAUCUGAAAGCCGUGAUCAUCUUUUCUUCAACUGCCCAUACAGCUGGUCGCUAUGGAGCAAGAUCUCUCGCCGCUGCAACCAUAACUCUGCACCUUCCUGGACUGGAACAAUGAACGGUCUCAUCAACUACAAAGGCUCCCGUGAAGCAAGGAAACUCCUACUAAUCGCCUGGCAGGCACUGAUAUACUUCCUUUGGACUGAACGGAAUCACAGGUUGCAUCGGAACUGUUUUAAGCCAGCUGAUCAUCUCCUCCAUCAGGUUGAUCAGCUUGUGUGA